CAUUGAAUUCGGGGGCCCAAAACAAAACACUCACUUCGUUUCAUGGAUGGGGUUUCAGUUGUGAUUGCGAAACGAGGGUUUUAAGGUUUUUUUUUUUUUUGCUUCUUUCAGUUUGUCACAACAGUCGUUUUACGUUGGCGCAUUCUCUCGCUUCUUCUCUGCCUCUGGUUUGUGGCAUUGGAUUCUUAUCGAUUAUAAAUAAUGGAAAACUCAGAUAAAACUCCGAUAAGUUCAAGUUCAUCUCCACGGCCGUCUGCGGAAGAGCCAGAGCCCAAGAAGGUGAAGAUGUCUACCACUACUUCUGAUGAUGAACAAUGCACAACUGCUGAAGGCACUAAGAUAAGAUACAAGCGCCGUAAGGUAGCUAUUUUCUUUGCUUACUGCGGUGUUGGUUAUCAGGGUAUGCAGAAAAACCCUGGUGCCAAGACUAUUGAAGGUGAACUAGAAGAAGCCUUGUAUGUGUCUGGAGCUGUACCUGAACAGGAUCGUGGACUUUCUAAACGCUAUGACUGGGCUCGGUCCGCUAGAACUGAUAAAGGGGUUAGUGCUGUUGGACAGGUUGUCUCGGGUCGAUUCUAUAUUGAUCCGCCUGGCUUUGUUGAACGACUUAAUUCGAACCUUCCGUCGCAGAUACGAAUCUUUGGUUUUAAGCGGGUGACUGCUUCUUUUAGUGCCAAGAAGUUCUGUGACCGGAGGAGGUAUGUCUACCUCAUCCCUGUGUUUGCUCUUGAUCCGUGUUGUCAUCGUGAUAGAGAGACUGUUUUGGCUAGUUUAGGGUCUGAAAAUGAGCUUGUUAAGUGUUUGGAGUGUUCUGAGAGAGGUCGAAAGGUGGAAGGUUUGGUUGGUAAUAGUAAGCGCAAUCUUGAGAUAGAAACUGUGAAUGUUGAGACCAAUGGUUUGUCAGAUAGAAAUGUUGUGGUUAAUUCUGGAGUUACAGAGAAUGUGGAUGUUUCUUUGAGCAACAAGGGUGAAAAUGGUUUAAAUCAAGAAUCCAUUAACGUUGGCGAGGGUAAGGUUUUAGUUGAAGAAGUAAACUCUAAAAAUGGUCUUGAGAGUGUGGUUUCUGCUCAGGAUGUGGUUGUUCCUUCAAAUGGUGGAUCUGAGAAUAAUUCAGGUGCUCUCGAGGAAGAAAAAGUGAACGGAGAGGAUACGCCUGCCAAAAAAAGUGUGUUUACUUAUGGUGAGAAGGAGAGGGAGAGAUUUAACAAGAUUUUGAAGUAUUAUGUUGGGACUCAUAACUUCCAUAACUUCACGACAAGAAUAAAACCUGAGGAUCCUUCUGCUCACCGUUUCAUUAUUUCCUUUGACGCAAGCACCACUGUUGUAGUUGACGGCAUGGAAUUCGUGAAGUGUGAGAUUGUAGGACAGAGCUUCAUGCUUCAUCAGAUACGGAAGAUGAUGGGGCUUGCCGUGGCAAUCAUGAGAAAUUGUGCACCCGAGUCACUUAUCGACAAAGCUUUGCAAAAGGACGUUAGCAUCACCGUGCCUACUGCGCCUGAGGUUGGAUUAUAUUUGGAUGAGUGCUUCUUUACUUCAUAUAACCAGAAGUGGAAAGAUACACAUGAAGAGGUGUCAAUGAAAGCAUAUGAGAAAGAAGCUGAGGAGUUCAAAAUGAAGUACAUAUAUUCUCAUAUUGCUUCCACAGAACAUAAGGAAGGAACUGUUGGCCUAUGGUUGCAUUCUUUGAACCACAGAAACUAUGCAGAUCUGCGCAUCCUCGACGAGGAAGGUGUCAUGAAUGACAAGAAAUCUGAAUUUGAAGUUGUGGCUGAGUGAACCUUUUCCAGAUGGUCAUUGUAGAACUCAUUAUGUCAUAUUAAUUUAUGUCUUGCCUUUGACUAUUUAUUUCAGACUUGUUAUAUUUCAGCAUAUUGAUACUCUGCUACACCUCAUAUACAAUUUAUAGGCAAGACAUACCCUUUUUUCGCGUCUGUUAUUUGGUAGAGACACUAGGAAAGGGAAAUGGAAGAGUAUUUUAAUCACAUUGUUGUGUUAUUUGAUUUUCUUUUCAAACGUAACUGAGUAAUGAACCUAUGAUGAAUUGUGAAAUUGUAUGUUCAAAUUUCAUAUACUAUUGAAUUGAUCUUUUAGGUUGA